UAUCAAAACAAGGAAGCGGCGACCAGGUUGAUAAAUAGAAUCAGUCAAAAUUUGAUAAAAAUGCGUCUUUACUGCUGUAACUUGCUACAUAUUUGGCUUAUAAAUGACACUUUACUUUCCUAGCAUAGUUAAAAGUUAUAAUUUUUUUUAAAGCCAUAGCUGGAUAGUUAUGUUUUUUAAAUACAGCUAACGAAGCUAUCAGUUAGCUUGCUAGUUAGCAGCGGUGCUAAUGAAAGAUUUUGUUAUAAAAAUGGUUCAGAACAUGUUCCGGACCGGGUUUCUGGUUCGGGCCACACACACCCUGCUAACCUGGGUCAUAACUCUCAUACUGUUCCUGCACAACACCGAUCUGCGGAAGUGUGAGGAGCGAGGAGAGCUGCUGCUGCCGGUUCUGUUCUUCCUGCUGGUCGUUCUGUCGGUGCUUUUAUACUUUGCAGUUUCUUUAAUGGAUCCCGGCUUCGUCCUCAGCGACGCUGUCAAGGGCGUUCAGGGUUCAAAUGAGGAAAUGGAGUCCAUGAUUCCUCAGUCUUCGACCCCUCGGCUGCGGCGUUGCGGAUACUGUCUGCUGCAGCAGCAGCCAAUGAGAGCGAAGCACUGUCAGACGUGUAAACACUGCGUGCGUCGCUUCGACCAUCACUGUCCCUGGAUCGAGAACUGCGUCGGGGAGAGGAACCACCGCUGGUUCAUCGUCUACCUGCUGGUGCAGCUGCUGGCUCUGCUGUGGGCCCUUCACAUCGCUCUGUCAGGCGUCUCACCCAGCGUGACGUGGGAGCUUUGGUUCAGAGUGAACGGCUUCCUGCUGGCGGCGCUUGGCGUGAUCGGGGUUUUCUCCGUGGUGGUGGCGCUGCUGCUGGGCUGCCACCUCUACCUGGUCUCCAUCAACUGCACCACCUGGGAGUUCAUGUCGCGGCACAGGAUCUCCUACCUGAAGCACUGCGGGGACGAGGAGAACCCUUUCGACCGCGGAGUCUUCUGCAACCUCUGGGACUUCUUCUGCAUCUGCGGCACGGUGAUGUGGGAGCAGGUCUACCACAGAAACACCCCGAAUCCAGUCUGACCUCCAACCACAUGACAUACGAGAUAACUUUUCAUCCUUAAUUCCAGAGGUUUUGAAAUCUUUAUAAACUGAAUUGGACCAUAAAAUGAUUUUCAGCACCUGCAAACGUUGUUGUCUAGAAGAGCAGAUGCACAUUAAGCUGGUUAAAGCUUAUAAAUCUUUAAACACAAGGGCUGCAACUAAACAUGAUUUUUCUUAUCAAUUAAUUAAUUAGUUAACUCUAUAAAAUGGCAGAAAAUUAUAG